CUUCCACUGCCCAGUCAGCCAGCUAACGCAUCGCGACAGUUUUUUUUAAAGUGAAAGUCAAGUUAUUGUUUGUGGACAUUCAAAGUUCAGAAACUAUAUAUAUACAUAUAUUUAUAUUGGCGAGUGAAACAGCAGUUUUAAUUAGAACUGUUGCGUGAAGACGUUCGAAGUUUAGAACAUAAUAUAAGUAAAAUGAUACACCACUGGAAGGCUGGUUUGUACAGAUUAUUACCUUGCAGGCUAUGGGGUCAUUCGGCAGGCUGCAAGGACAUGCUGCUAUUGCAAAAGAAGGCAAUAAGAAUUAUUACAUCGGGCAGCAGCCAGGGACACUGCAGACUGUUAUUCAGAACAUUGGGAAUAAUGACUGUUUAUAGCCACUAUGUAUUAUCAUGUCUCAUCCACAUAAAGGAAAACCUAGACACCUACAGCAAGAGGCAUAACAAAUCAAUAAACAUAACACUCACAGCAAAGAAGACAUACAUUUACCAAUCUGCCGACUGUCCUAAACAAGAGACAGUUUUCCAGUGAUUGCUGUGAAGAUGUUCAACAAACUACCUGUUGAAUUGCAGACCCUGCUGCUGGACAACUUCAAGAAACAAAUUGCUGAAGGCCCAGAACAAUGCCCACUAUACUCGGACCAAGAAUUCUUUGACUGUGAAGAAAUCGAAUGGACACAGUGAACAUAACAUAUCUAUAUACAUUACCUGUAUAAAGUUUAGAUGUUAUUCUGUAAUUCAUUAUAUUAUAAAUCACUUGAUUGUAACUUUGACACAGUCUGUCCAGCCAUGGAUGGUGAAUGACAAAGACCAGUUAAUAAAUUGUAUGAACUGACAAAUUCAGAAAAAUAAUCAAUGCAUCAUCUGAUACUGAGUAAAAAAAAAUAUUAUUAUUAUUAUUAUUAUUAUUAUUAUUAUUAUCAAUAUAUUGUUACCACAUAUGAUACAGACAGUCUGUUAGAGCUUAUCUGUUUAAAUAGGGGCUGGUCCUUGUUGCAUAUGAAAUGACUGUUUGAUUUUGUACAUUACAAAUGGUUUUGUGAAAGCCUGUAACUUUGAAAAGAAUAGGUUUGUUUAUAAAUAACUUUUCGUCUAAUAGUCAUGGUUUUCUUUUAUUCAUAUUUUACAUGACACUUUUUUUGGAAAAUGAUUUCCAUUUUCAAGUGUGUUCUCUCUUUGUGCUAUGCCAUUUUUACUUAAAGAUGGCAUAGUACAAAGAGAAAAACCACUUGAAAAUGGGAAUCGUUUCCCAAAAUGCAUCGAGUAAAAUAUGAAUAAAAGAAAAGCAUGUUUGGUAGCAGAGAAAUAAGUGUAAUGGAUGUUUCUUUUAUUAAUUUAUGUACUCUGGAUCUAUAUGUGAUUGGUAUAUGACAAGUUAGUUGGCAACCAUUCCCUAAUAUUUAAUUGGUGAACGAGGAACAAAUGUUUCACAUGAAAUUUUACCACAUAAACCAACAAUACAUUUAAUUUGCAGUUAGUGUCCUCAUAUUGAAAGGGAAAAAAUGAACCAUACAUAGCUUUGAAGUUGUCUUGCUUCCACAAUAUUCCAACAAUCAGCAGAAAUUGCGAAUGCAUCUAUUUACGAGUUCCAUUAUACCUCUGAAUACCUCAUUAUCAGACGGAAAAUUGUGUGAUGUAGAAGUUUUCUAGCUUAGUAGACCUUCCUUGGUACCUGUGGUCUAGGGGUAGCGUCUUUGAUUCAUAAUCAAAACGUCUUCGGUCCCGGGUUCUAUCCCCGCCAUUGCCUAAAUUUUGAUAAACAAUCAGCACUGGCGGCCGAAGACUUCCGGCAUAAGAAGUCAGCCUCAUUCUGCCAACGGCCUUGUCAAAGAGGGCUGAGAAGCGGAUAGCGGUUCAGGGCACUCUCUUGUCCUAGGGGUGGGAAAUUGCCCCUAAAGGCGGAAGAAUCAGCAAUGAUCAACGACAUGAGGAUGCAGAAGGCAAUGGAAACCAGUAACGUGUAUCCACAGGACAUGUGGCCUGUAGUUGAAGAAGUUUCAUGAUGAUCUCUCCAUUGGCAAAAGAUUCCGGAAUAGUCCCCUAUUCGGAUCUCCAAGAGGGGACUGCCAACGGGGAGGUUACCAUGAGAAAAAGAUUGAAUAAUCAACAAAAGGAUAAUGUUCUACGAGUCGGGGUGUGGAAUGUCAGAAGCUGUAACAUAGUAGGGAAACUAGAAAAUCUGAAAUGGGAAAUGCAAAGGCUCAAUCUAGAUAUAGUAGGGGUCAGUGAAGUGAAGUGGAAGGAAGACAAGGAUUUCUGGUCAGAUGAGUAUCGGGUAAUAUCAACAGCAGCAGAAAAUGGUAUAACAGGUGUAGGAUUCGUUAUCAAUAGGAAGGUAGGGCAGAGGGUGUGUUACUGUGAACAGUUCAGUGACCGGGUUGUUCUAAUCAGAAUCGACAGCAGACCAACACCGACAAUGAUAGUUCAGGUAUACAUGCCGACGUCGCAAGCUGAAGAUGAACAGAUAGAGAAAGUGUAUGAGGAUAUUGAAAGGGUAAUGCAGUAUGUAAAGGGGGACGAAAAUCUAAUAGUCAUGCGCGACUGGAAUGCAGUUGUAGGGGAAGGAAUAGAAGAAAAGAUUACAGUAGAAUAUGGGCUUGGGACAAGGAAUUAAAGAGGAGAAAGACUAAUUGAGUUCUGUAACAAGUUUCAGCUAGUAAUAGCGAAUACCCUGGGCGCAACCAGGAGCAGAUAUAGACUCAGAUCACAAUAUGGUAGUGAUGAAGAGUACGGAAGUUCUAAGGAAUGAUGAGAUACGUUUGAAGUUCUCUAAUGCUAUAGAUACAGCAAUAAGGAAUAGCACAGUAGGCAACACAGUUGAAGAGGAAUGGACGUCUCUAAAAAGGGCCAUCACAGAAAUUGGGAAGGAAAACAUAGGUACAAAGAAGGUAGCUGCGAAGAAACCAUGGGUAACAAAAGAAAUACUUCAGUUGAUUGAUGAAAGGAGGAAGUACAAACAUGUUCCGGGAAAAUCAGGAAUACAGAAAUACAAGACGCUGAGGAAUGAAAUAGAUAGGAAGUGCAGGGAAGCUAAGACGAAAUGGCUGCAGAAAAAAUGUGAAGACAUCGAAAAAGAUAUGAUUCUCGGAAGGACAGACUCAGCAUACAGGAAACUCAAAACAACCUUUGGUGACAUUAAAAGCAACGGUGGUAACAUUAAGAGUGCAACGGGAAUUCCACUGUUAAAUGCAGAGGAGAGAGCAGAUAGCUGGAAAGAAUACAUUGAAAGCCUCUAUGAGGGUGAAGAUUUGUCUGAUGUGAUAGAAGAAGAAACAGGAAACGAUUUAGAAGAGAUAGGGGAUCCAGUAUUAGAAUCUGAAUUUAAAAGAGCUUUGGAGGACUUACGGUCAAAUAAGGCAGAAGGGAUAGAUAACAUUCCAUCAGAAUUACUAAAAUCAUUAGGGGAAGUGGCAACAAAACGACUAUUCAUGUUCGUGUGUAGAAUAUAUGAGUCUGGCGACAUACCAUCUGACUAUCGGAAAAGCAUUAUCCACACAAUUCCGAAGACGGCAUGAGCUGCGAGUGCGAGAAUUAUCGCACAAUCAGCUUAACAGCUCAUGCAUCAAAGCUGCUUACAAGAAUAAUAUACAGAAGAAUGGAAAAGAAAAUUGAGCUAGGUGACGAUCAGUUUGGCUUUAGGAAAAGUAAAGGCACGAGAGAGGCAAUUCUGACGUUAUGGCUAAUAAUGGAAGCAAGGCUAAAGAAAAAUCAAGACACAUUCAUAGGAUUUGUCGACCUGGAAAAAGCAUUUUACAAUAUAAAAUGAUGCAAGCUGUUCAAGAUUCUGAAAAAAGUAGGGGUAAGCUAUAGGGAGAGACGGGUCAUAUACAAUAUGUACAACAACCAAGAGGGAAUAAUAAGAGUGGACGAUCAAGAACAAAGUGCUCGCAUUAAGAAGGGUGUAAGACAAGGAUGUAGCCUUUCGCCCCUACUCUUCAAUCUAUACAUCGAGGAAGCAAUGAUGGAAAUAAAAGAAAGGGUCAGGAGUGGAAUUAAAAUACAAGGCGAAAGGAUAUCAAUGAUACGAUUCGCUGAUGACAUUGCUAUCCUGAGUGAAAGUGAAGAAGAAUUAAAUUAUCUGCUGAACGGAAUGAACAGUCUAAUGAGUACACAGUAUGGUUUGAGAGUAAAUCGGAGAAAGACGAAGGUAAUGAGAAGUAGCAGAAAUGAGAACAGCGAGAAACUUAACAUCAGGAUUGAUGGUCACAAAGUCAAUGAAUUCUGCUACCUAGGCAGUAAAAUAAUCAAUGACGGACGGAGCAAGGAGGACAUCAAAAGCAGACUCGCUAUGGCAAAAAAGGCAUUUCUGGCCAAGAGAAGUCUACUAAUAUCAAAUACUGGCCUUAAUUUGAGGAAGAAAUUUCUGAGGAUGUACGUCUGGAGUACAGCAUUGUAUGAUAGUGAAACAUGGACUGUGGGAAAACUGGAACAGAAGAGAAUCGAAGCAUUUGAGAUGUGGUGCUAUAGACGAAUGUUGAAAAUUAGGUGGACUGAUAAGGUAAGGAAUGAGGAGGUUCUACGCAGAAUCGGAGAGGAAAGGAAUAUGUGGAAAACACUGAUAAGGAGAAGGGAUAGGAUGAUAGGACAUUUGCUAAGAAAUGAGGGAAUGACUUCCAUGGUACUAGAGGGAGCUGUAGAGGGCAAAAAAUAUAGAGGAAGACAGAGAUUGGAAUACAUCAAGCAAAUAAUUGAGGACAUAGGUUGCAAGUGCUACUCUGAGAUGAAGAGGUUAGCACAGGAAAGGAAUUCGUGGUGGGCCGCAUCAAACCAGUCAGUAGACAGAUGACCAAAAAAAGUAGACCUUUAUGUGCAACUCAGGCCUUUCUGGAUGCAUUUUUUCUUACAUUGAGGUGAUGAGUCGUGGGAUACAGCCCAAAGCCCAAUACUGUGCCAGACCACCAUCUGUCCACUGUAGUGCACCAACUAGAUGUGACAUGGACUCAGCAAGUCACUGGAAGUCCCCUGCAUAAAUAUCGAGCCAGGCUGCCUCUAUAUUUGUCCAUAAUUGUAAAACAGUUGCACGGUUUUGUGCAUAAAUUGUCCUCUCAAUUGAGUCUCAUAAAUCUUCAAUGGAAUUCAUACUGGACUAUCUGUGUGGCCAAACCAUUUGCUUGAACUGCCCAGAAUGUUCUUCAAAGCAAUCGCGACCAGAUGUUGCCUGCUGAUGUGACGCACGGUCAUCCAUAAAAAUUCCAUUGUUGUCUGGGAACCUGACGUCCACGACGCUACCAUCAGCUCUUUCCAACUGAAAUUUGGACUCGUCUGACCACACCAUGGUUUUCCAGUCAUCUACGGGCCAACCAAUAUAGUCACGAGCCCAGGACAGUAGCUGCAGGCAAUGUUGUGCUCUCAGCAAAGGUACUUGCGUUAGUCAUCUUCUGCCACAGCUUAUUAAUGCUAAAUAUUGCCGCACUGUCUAGUGGAUACAUUUGUCAUAUGUCCCACAUUUAUUCUGUAGUUAUUUCACAUAGUGCUGCUUGUCUGUUAGCCCUGGCAACUCUAUGCAAACGACACUGAUCUUGGUCAUUAAGUGAAAGCUGUUGACCACAGUGUUGAGCAUGGUGAGAGGUAACACCUGCAACGUGGUAUUCUCAGCACACACUUGUGAGUGUGGAUCACGGAAUGUGGAUCAUGGAGUAUUUCCACUGUGCGGCCAUAACUUUUUGCAUGAAUCACCUGAAUACAAAUGACAGCUCCACCAAUGCACUACCCUUUUAUACCUUGUGUACACAAUACUACCGCCAUCUGUAUCUAUAUCAUAUCCCACAAGUUUUAUGCCCUAAGUGUGGAAAACAAGAUGAAUGCUUCAAUUAUAGCAUUUAUUCAAACUGCACAUACACUUGUUUGCUUCUUCGGGCAACAAGCUCUCAUCAUCAAUCUCAUUUCAACAAAUUAUUGAUGAUACUCAUACACACAACCUGAGCCAUUUCACAUUCAUAACGUUUAUGAGUAGCGAUCAGUUACUUACGGACAAUUUUUUGUCACAACAGAUACCUGAAUCCUAAUCAUGUAAGCAACUCAAGCUGAGCGAGUGAAAUAUGGAGAUCACCUUUAACAAACAAAUGAUGUGAAGAGACUAAUCCUUUCCCUACAGCAGCACUAUUUUAUCCAGUAUUGGUAGUAUCAUUAAAAAAUAUGAAGGUAAAUGCACUUUUCAUCCUUUCAUAUGUGUCUGACCUUUCCUGGGCUCUGCAAAGGACAAAAUGGCCUCAUAUGACACAGUAUUCUUGGAAUCUCUGAGUGUUUGGAAAAUCUCAACAUCGGUCAAAGUUUUUACACUAUUUCGGACUGGGAGCAAUGAUAAAAAAUAAAACACUGUUGACACCACAUGUAGUUAGGGCAGAGAAAGUGUUUGCAUUUUUGCAACUGAUAAUUUAAGUUAGAGAAAGGAAUAAUACAAUGGCAAGGCAUGGGAUGUGUGCUGAGUAUUCUACAAUUGUAUCAAAUACAGAGUGUGAUGUAACAGGAGGAAUAAGGAGGUGACCACGUGCAUUUAAAAAUUUGAUGGUCUAUCCAAUGGCCAAAUUUAAUCAUGUGCUGUAUCCAAGUGCCAGCACUAGGGGCUGUAGAUUGGCACCUGCAUACUUUGAUUUAUCAUGAUACUUUGCACCCAUCUCAAGGACUGCAGCAACAUCAGCUAAUGAUGUUGAGGGAGUACUCAAUUAAAAUUUUUUGAAGUUUCAGUGACUAUCUGACACAGUGUCGGGACCCGCAGCAACAAGAAUAAUGUUCAUCCAAA